GUUCUAAAUGAGGUUUUAAUAAACGUGAUUUAUUUUAGAAGUACAAUUUAAUUCAAAAAAAUAUUAACUUGCGUGUCUUUAGGGUUUACUGGGUGGGUGUAGAGAAUAGCGGUUUUGUGCAAUUUUUAAAUGCGUGUAAAAAAUGUUUCUAAAAUAUCCCUAUUUGCCUUGAAUAUGCACCUCCAUAAUGACUUUGACGUCAAACGUCUCCAUCACCGAUCAGUGUUGCCAACAAAAGAAGAAAAAAUCACCAGUCCCGUCAAAAUUCAAAAUUAAGACCUCCAGUAUUUUAAAUACUAAGUUUUCGCCUAAAGAUUUUGCCCUUGGCGACUCCAAAACUGGCAGCUUUCCCACCUGAGACGCGGUUUUCUCGAUAUAAAAUGGCUAAGAAAACUACUGUCGUUAUAUAACCUAAAAGUGAACACUAUUUGGGGGGGAGGGGCAGCUGCCACUAACCAGGCCCCACAAUGGAUGAAGUCCUUUUUAGGGGGACACAGAAGCUGGAAUCCUUACAGUUGGAAGCUGGUCUAGUUGCCUCAAAAAGCAAAGACCUUUUCCUCACUUACUCGCAAGCCACGCAAGUGCUGCUGUCUCAAGUGUGGCAGAGCCACAAACUGGACCAUCUGAAGAGUAACAUCAGCCAGCUACUGGACUAUGUGUUGGAAAUAUCCAGGGAUUUUACGGAGCGGGCUGUUGAUGUGGCCGACCCAAAGCGACUAUGGAUGUUCCUGACUGGAGUACUGGAUGGACAGUGGUCGAAACGCGAGAUAAGCAUAGCAUGCGCGGGCUUCGUGGUAGGAGGACUAGUAGGGGUGGCAGUGGGUUUUGCCUUGCGAAGAAGGGAAAAUACGGUGCGCUAUAUGGAGGCGGUCCAAAUCAGCCACUAUUUAGGUCCAGAGCAAUCGAGCUCGGAUUUGCCGGUGUUUCUUGGCCGAGAUUGCACGGGAAUUAUCACGGAUUUAGGCAGGAAAGUGCAACGGCUUGAAUUGGGCGACGAAGUUUGGGUGACGAUCCCGUUCUGGUCUCAAGGCACUUUAUGCCAAACCAUCCUGAUUUCAGAGCAUCGGGUUGCGAGAAAACCGAAAAAUGUGGGCUUUGAAGGGGCCUGCAGCGUUCCUUAUGCGGGCAGUCUGGCUCUUUCAGUGCUGUCCGAAGCGAAAAUCGAUCUGAAUAGCGCCGCUAACAAAAGGUUUCUGAUUCAAGACGGUUGUACGCCUGUGGGAUGCGUGCUGAUCCAAUUGUUGAAUAGCUGGAAAGCCCACAUUACGACCACUUGCCAUAAAAGGGCCGUGCCGGUGGCCAAAGCUUUAGGCGCUAGAGAAGUUAUCAGCAUUGACGCCCCUUCGUUGAGCGAUGAAGAUCAUGUGGAAGAAUUCUCGGAUACCGAGAAUUUCUCAAAAACCGUGCUCAAAGAGCUGCAACUAAAAGGCGAAGUAUUCGACUUUAUCAUUGUCACCCGAAACGAGAACUUGAACUGGGAAAGCCUGAGAAACUUUUGCGCAGGAGAAGGCAAACUGUUAUCAACACUGCCCGAGAAGCUCUCAUCGGACUCCUAUGGGUUCUUAGCCAGAUUCAUUUUUUCAACUUACAUUCGGCUCAAAUUCCUAAUGGGGCAUAUUCUGGGUGUUCCGAGCAACAACUACGACGAGGCCCAUUUAUGCCACGCGACUUUGGACAAACUAACCGCAUUAGUGGAGGAUGGGGUGCUGCAAACGGUGGUAGACAAAGUAUUUCACCCUAAAGAUAUCGAAGUGGCUCUAAAUUACAUUCAGUCGUCGCAAUCCAUUGGCAGUUCAGUCAUCACGUUCCGGUAACGAAUUCUCCAUUGUUUCACUUCAAUUCGUAGGCAAAUGAUUUAUUUUUGAUACGACCCCUUCAUUGGCAAGACUGAAAUAGUGAAGCCUAUAAAAGAUCAGAACGAAUAUUGUAGAUUAUUGUCUCACACACACAAAGCCAAAUAUACAAGUGGUGCUAACCGUCGAUUUAGUUAAUUAGUCACUUUAUUAUAUUAUUGAAGAAAUAAAUACUGUUUGCUAAAAAAAUA